CUCCUUGUCUCUUUGCGCCGCGCGUUCUCGCUCUCCCAAGCAGAGGAGCAAGCUUCUUGCACGAGUCGUACGUUGUGUGGUUUUCGAUUUCUGAUCAAUGAUUGCUGCAUUUUCAUGGAUCCCAAAAGGGGCAUCAAAGGCCAUGCCUGAUUCUGCUGAAUCUCCUUCUAUGGAGGAUAUCAAAGAGCUCAUCCAAAAUGGCACUUUCAAAAAAAGUCUGAGUGGCAUGGAUGAGGAAGAAGAGAUGGACGAUGAAACACAAGUUGCCCAUGCCAAGUCUGUAGCAAAAUCUUUUGGGAAACCAUGUUCCAAAAGCAAGGGUGCUUCUUCUUCUUCAACAGAUGCUGAUGACGUUGUCAAGUUCUUGAAAGAACUCGACAUGGAUAACUAUGACGAAGAGGACGGUGAGAUUGAACUGUUUAGCUCUGGCCAGGGAGACCUUUAUUAUCCAAGCAAUGAGAUGGAUCCAUACCUAAAGGAUACUGACGCUGACUAUGACUCAGAGGAUCUCGAUGACAUGAUAAUUAGGCCAACCGAUUUACUGAUCAUCUGUGCUAGUAUUAAACGUGAAGUCAACUCUCUCGAGGUUUAUGUAUACGAGGAAUCCGGGAACAUGUAUCUUCGUCAUGACAUGAUUAUAUCCAAGGCUCCAUUGUGCACAGCAUGGCUUGAUUGUCCUCUCAAAGGAGGGGAAAAAGGGAACUUUGUAGCUAUCGGGUCAAUGGACUCCUCCAAAGAGAUAUGGGAUCUUGACCUUGUGAAUGAGGUGCUACCUUGUGUACAACUGGGACGAAUAGCCGGACAGACAUCAGAUUGCCACACUGAUCCAGUAAUUGAUCUUGCUUGGAACAAGGAGUUUCGGAAUAUAGUUGCUAGUGCCAGUGCCGACAAAAAAGUUAAGGUUUGGGAUGUGGCUACGGGGAAAUGCAAGGUCACUAUGGAGCAUCACGAAGAGAAGGUUAAAGCGGUUGCAUGGAACCAUUAUGCUCCAGAAGUACUCCUCAGUGGGUCUAGUGAUGGCACUGUAGUAAUGAAAGACGGAAGGGACCCUUCACACUCGGGUUUGAAAUGGUCUACCAAGGCGGAAGUUGAAGACUUGGCCUGGGAUCCUCACAGCGAACACUCCUUUGUGGCGAGUCUCGAAGAUGGAACUGUGAAGGGAUUUGAUAUACGUGCUUCUGAUUUAUCACCAAAUUUCAUUCUCCAUGCUCAUUAUGGUGAAGUCUCCUCCAUAUCAUACAACAUACAGGCCCCCAAUCUUUUGGCUACGGGAUCUAGGGAUGAAAGUGUGAAACUUUGGGAUCUUUCAAACAAUCAACCAUCAUGGAUUGCUACAAACAUGCCAAAUGCUGGAGAAGUUUUCUCGGUCUCAUUCUCUGCGGACUGCCCCUUCUUACUCGCUGUUUGUGGCUCAGAGGGACUAAAUGUGUGGGAUACUUUAUCAGACACUGGUGUGUCCCGAAGAUAUGGGAGCAGCCGACCAUGAACCAUAUAUAUGCCAUUACAAAGUUGAGGAAGUGUGGAUGAAGGAGUUCGAUGAGGAAGAGUACUGAGAGAAUCAUGAAUAAAAAAACUUUAGAAUAAUAAUUAAGUAAAUGUUUCUAGAAGUCUUGUUUCGGUUUUAGGUUCCUUUGAUCCUAUUAAGACUAGGUCUAAUUUGGAUGAUUGAUACAAGUUGAAACGUUACAUCUUCCUUCCCUCACCAUUUGGUUUAUCCAAGCAAAUACAAUUGCUUGCUUUGAAAAUGUCAAUUUAUGUAUAUUUCCCACUACUGCAAAAGUAAUGCAACUAAUCAAUCAAAUAUCAUUAGAUAAAUCUAUGCAUAUAAUACAUACUUUUGUAGAAAUGACAAUAUAUUUCGAUUUUUUUUUUUCUUAGACAGCAUAUUGCGAUAUCCUUUACGCUUUCACAUUGUAAACAAAGAGAAUAUUGCAAGACAAUCAAAAUCUAUCAUUGUAUUUUAUGUAAACCGGUCAAAAUGUCGUCGUGUUUGGCGUUU